AUGGGAAACAAUGCAGUUGAGCCCUUGGAAAAAAAUCCCAAAGGGUCUGCAGGAAAAGAUGCAGUUCAGUUUGAUAUCUUUUGGUUUAUUCCUCUUUCUUCCCAAGCUAGAGAUGAUGCACAUAAGUGUACAGUGACAAUUCUUGCUGAUCCAAACACCUUUCUCAUGGACCAUCUUCUGUCCCUCAAGCCAGUCAAGUUUCUGGGGGGGGGGGGAGAGCUUAUUCGUGAUCUUUUGACAUAUUUUGUAUCUGGUAAAGUAACUCAGUAUCAGCAGUUCUACAAAAAUCGCACAGAUUUUAUCAAUUCACUCGGACCAUCCCAUGAAGAAAACAUAAGAAAGGUGAGACUGUUGACAUUCAUGCAAAUGUGUGAAAAUCGAAAGGAAAUGGACUUUAGUGUAAUUCAAGAAGAAAUGCAGCUUGAAAAAGAUCAAGUAGAAGAAUUUGUUAUUGAUGUUCUCAAAACAAAAGCAGUCAAAGCCAGGAUAGACCAGAUCCCGGAGAAAGUAAUUGUAAGCUCGACCACAUUUAGGACGAUCAGCAAACAUCAUUGGCAAGUUCGACAACACCCAUCAGCUUGGCAGAACAAUCUUUCAAGACUGGAGAUCAAUUUUGAAAAUGUAUCACUCAUUCAGUUACAAGUUGGCCUACAGCAGCAGUAA